GUUUAUUUUAUAUAUUUCGAUUAAUGGAAGUCCAACUGUAGAGCAGAUAUAGAUAGCAAGCUUUGUCUAGGUGACUAUGACUAUCCCAACCGAUUUUAAUUUGAAAUUCAAAGUGAAAUCGGAUCGAGAGACCCGACCGGCGGCGAAUUCAGCGGACAAUUAGCAGCAUCUCCAACGCCGGCGCCAAGAAAACUAACUAGACAAACAAGGCAACACCACAAUAAUCAGACUGCGAUAAGCCGACGUGGGCAAAUACGCGAAUCUCGAGCCACAUAAAUGGAUCUUCUGGGACCGGCUGGCAAGUCAGUUGUUAUUCAGCUGGCGAACCGGGUGAAAUUCGUGCUGCGUCCCAUAACCACAAUGGCCACCUACGAGCAGGUUAAGGAUGUGCCCAACCAUCCGGAAGUCUAUUUGAUCGACGUCCGGCGGAAGGAGGAACUUGAGCAGACGGGCUGCAUUCCAGCCAGUAUCAAUAUACCCUUGGAUGAACUGGACAAAGCCCUGAAUCUGGAUGCUGCUGCUUUUAAGAACAAAUAUGCCCGUUCAAAGCCAGAAAAGGACUCUAAGAUCAUAUUCUCCUGCCGGUCGGGAAAUCGUGUUUUGGAAGCUGAGAAAAUAGCCAAAGGCCUGGGCUUCUGCAACGUGGUAAUCUACAAGGGAUCGUGGAAUGAGUGGGCCCAAAAGGAGGGACUCUAAGCCGAACCGACUCCACAACAAUUUGGAUUUUAAAUUAUUGCGUAAAUAUGUUAUAAUAGCACUUGGGAAAUAGGUUUUGGAAUAAAGGCAAAAAACUAAA